GGGACUUUCCCACUUAUGCGCCUCUUAAAACUACAAAAGCAGAGGAACAUUCCUGAUCCGUCGUCCUCAAAACUCGACCUCCAACAAUUUAACGCAGCUUUUCUUUCAUCUCUUUUUGAUCGCUGCUCCACCGGAAGAUCACAGAUUCAUGUCCUUCUGCUUCCUCCCACUGCUCCACUUAACUCAACCCUUCAUUUCUGUAUCAAAAAUCACAGCUUUUUGUUUUUUGAUCAAAACCCACCUCCCAACAUGAAGGGUACGAGUCGUUUCUUCACGAUCGGCCUCGUUGCCUCCUGGUACUCCUCCAACAUUGGGGUUCUCUUGCUCAACAAGUAUGUGCUCAGCAACUAUGGUUUCAAGUACCCCAUCUUCCUCACCAUGUGCCACAUGACCGCUUGUUCUUUGUUCAGCUACCUUGCAAUUGCUUGGUUCAAGGUCGUUCCUCUGCAAACACUUCGAUCUCGCCUCCAAUUCUUUAAGAUCUCCGCCCUCAGCUUCAUCUUCUGCAUCUCCGUUGUCUUCGGCAACAUUUCCCUUCGCUAUCUUCCCGUCUCUUUCAACCAGGCUGUCGGAGCAACCACGCCCUUUUUCACCGCCGUUUUUGCCUAUCUGAUGACCUUGAAGAGGGAGGCUUGGCUCACUUAUGUUACGCUCAUUCCUGUCGUCACCGGAGUUAUCAUUGCCAGCGGGGGCGAACCCAGUUUCCAUCUAUUUGGGUUUCUGAUAUGUAUCGCAGCCACCGCUGCAAGAGCUCUCAAAUCAGUACUUCAAGCAAUUUUGCUUUCUGCAGAUGGAGAGAAGCUGAAUUCCAUGAAUCUCCUUUUGUAUAUGGCCCCAAUGGCUGUUGUGUUCUUGCUUCCUGCAACACUUGUUUUGGAAGAUAAUGUGAUUGGUAUCACACGGGCACUUGCUAUAGAUGAUAUCAAGAUCAUCUGGUACCUUCUUUUCAAUUCGUCACUAGCAUAUUUCGUAAAUCUUUCCAAUUUUCUCGUCACAAAACACACCAGUGCGCUCACCCUUCAGGUUCUAGGAAAUGCCAAAGGGGCAGUGGCUGUCGUUGUCUCCAUUUUAAUCUUUAGAAACCCCGUGUCCGUUACUGGAAUGAUGGGUUAUACGAUGACAGUUAUGGGAGUCAUCCUCUACAGCCAAGCAAAGAAACGAACAAAUAAGAGUUAAGCAUGGGGGAAGCUCCUCAAUGAAUGAGAAAUCUAAAGUAGCAGUGGCUGCAUGCUUAGCAGAUGGUGCCAUAAAAUUUUUGCACUUUGUUUUUGUCUCAGAAGCAUACAACACCGGCUUCUUCUUCUAUUGUAUCAGCAACAAAAGGGGGGGAAUAGUUUAGGAAUAGAAAGUUAAAUAAGUGACACAACAUAACUCAGUAACCCAGCUUGAGCUUAGCUAUGGAGGAAUAUUCUCAUUCUUUCAGGAUCAGGAGAACCCAUUGUUGUAUAAUUGGGUGCCUACACUUUUGUUAUAUCUUUACUUAAUCACAGCCAUUCAUAGCUCCUCUUAAACAUCA